AAAACACCCUCCGCUUCGUUUCGUUCCGCUCCCAGUAGAUUUCCACCGCCUCCCGUCGUUCCCGACUCCCCGCCACCGCCGCUGCUGCGCCGCCUCUCCAGGUCUCGCUCGCCGACCGACUCCCUCACAAGGACUCUUCAGGGAAUUCUGCUCCGCCCCUGAUCCUUGGAGGAGAGGAGAUGUCGGACUCCGAGGAGCACCACUUCGAGUCGAAGGCCGACGCCGGCGCGUCCAAGACCUACCCACAGCAGGCCGGCACCGUCCGCAAGAACGGCUACCUCGUCGUCAAGAACCGCCCCUGCAAGGUUGUGGAGGUUUCAACCUCUAAAACUGGGAAGCAUGGUCAUGCCAAGUGCCACUUUGUCGCUAUUGACAUCUUCAAUGGCAAAAAGCUUGAAGAUAUUGUCCCCUCUUCGCACAACUGUGAUGUUCCUCAUGUAAAUCGCACUGAAUACCAGCUCAUUGAUAUAUCUGAGGAUGGAUUUGUGAGUCUUCUGACUGAAAAUGGUAACACCAAAGAUGACCUGAGGCUCCCAACUGACGACAACCUGCUUAGUCAGAUCAAGGAUGGCUUUGCUGAAGGAAAGGACCUGGUGGUGACGGUCAUGUCUGCCAUGGGAGAGGAGCAAAUCUGCGCGCUGAAGGACAUUGGCCCAAGGAACUAAUCUCGCGCCAUAUAUAGGUCACAUGUCUGCUGGGUUUCGGUCAAGGAUUUUUUCUUGGGGGGCCUUUUGUGUAUUAAGGAGCACGGAUCACUGAUGAUACACAUAGUUGCAACCAAUAGGAGGCAAAUAUUUUUUGUUCAGUUUUUGCUCUUGCCUUGCUCUUUCGUUGGUAUGCAGCCGUGUCUGCCGCUAUCAGACUCAGAGUGGUAUUCUUGUACGGCAUCUCAUCUGGACCACGCUGUUAACUAUUUAUCCUGAUUCCUGAGGUCGCUUUUGUAGUU